CGCGACUGUCAACAUUGUCAUUUUUAUAUAAGUGCUGUUUUUAGAGGUAUAAAGUUUUCUGUGGUUCAGAACAGAAAACAUUUUAUUUUAAACGUGAAAAGUAGUGUGUGCUUCUGUGUAACUGGACGAAAAAAAAGAGCUUCGUAUCAGUCAACAUUUAUAUUUGUGAUUACAACUCCAUAGUUUAGUCAACAUACAGUUUGAUUAUUUAUUUCUAAAUUCUGUGUUUGUCAUACGCCACCUGUAUAUAUGUUUGACAACGUUGAUGGCCACAAUGCCAAUUCGCAAACAAAUUCAUUCAACGAUGAAAGCCACAAAACGAAUUCCAUGGUCGAAAGUAUCAUCCCGUGGCGAAUUUGGUUAAAAAUUUCGAGUAGUCUGAACGAUCCGUGGAAUCAGUUACGCUACAUAAAAUGGAUGAAUAAACGUGCGAACGGUCGUACAGCUUAUGUUCCGACGGAGAUUGAACAUAUAGCCAAUGUGGUUACUCAUGGAAUAUGGGUCAUUCCUGCGAUUUAUGCUGCAUUACAAUUACUGUGGAGAAGUCAUUCCUCUUCCCAAAUUGUCGUUGCCAUUGUUUAUGGUUCGUCGCUUGCCUUACUGUUCAUCGUUUCAACAAUCUUCCAUAGCGUUUUUUAUUGCAACCAUAACAGGCAACUGAAGGAUGUGAUGCAUAGAUGUGAUAGGGCUGUGAUUUAUAUUUUCAUUGCUGGUUCAUACUUUCCAUGGUUGAGUUUAAGCACGACGGUCCACUCAAGUUUUCUAUUUUUCUCGUUGAAAUGGACUGUGUGGCUACUCGCAGCUCUAGGAAUUUUAUAUCAACAAAUCUACCACGAACGGUACAAAUGCUUGGAAACCCUACUGUACAUUGUAAUGGGACUAGGCCCAUCGAUAUUAAUUAUAACAUUGGGACACGAAUUUAGCGGUAUGUCCGAACUGAAAAUGGGCGGAUUAAUGUAUCUGAUCGGAAUAUUCUUCUUCAAGGCGGAUGGCUCGAUACCGAUGGCCCAUGCAAUCUGGCAUCUAUUUGUCGUAAUCGCAGCAUCGUUUCAUUACUUUGCAAUUUUGAAUUAUCUGUUUCCCAGCGACAUAUAGCCUUUGAAUGGAACGGUACCACCUAAUUAGUGAAUCGAUGUUUAACGGAGUAAAUUGUGUGAAAGCGUAUUGGUUGCCAUUGCACCAAUCGAUCCGAUUAUACCAGAUGUAGUUUAAGUUGUGAGAAAGUAAUGAAAUUAUUAUUUAUAGAUUAGGGGCUAGCGUAAUUAUUUAAAAAAAAAAAAGAUACGGAGAAGGAGAAGAAGAAAAAACGUAACGCUCUUCUAAUGAUGAUUAAUGUACAAGUUUUCAUGACAAACGAAAAGGUAAAACUUUUUUAUUUUAUUAUUAUUUCGUAGAUAGUAAACAUCAGGGUAUACAAUAAUAUUGUGCUUGGUCGGUCAGUAGUGAUGAGUAUAAUGUGGUGAGGAAACGAUAUAAGAUUUCUCCAGCUUGACUUAAAUCAAUUUCAAGUGACAAUAUAUGCGAUAUUGAACCAUGUGAUUUAAGACCAAAAUGAGAAACGAAACGAACAUUUAAUGUAGAAAAAAUUGCCAAAUUCUUAUUCAGGAUGAUGAUUUUCAUAAUUUUUUUGUUUCUGUUUAUUAUAACUAGAAUUUAUAGUGUUCCUAAUAAGUAAAACCAAUUUUGUAGUAGAAUUAUUGAUCCGUUUACAAUGUGUCUCCGAAAAAAAUAUAUUUUUCUUAGAAAGUUUUAACAUUUUCGUCGACUUUUCAUGAUCCGACUAAAGCCAGUGCCGCACUGGCUCAAAAAAAACCCUUCGGGCGUUGUAUGAAGAAAUUUUUCAAGAGGCACUUCCUUGCCCUUUAUCUAUACAAAAAUCAAAAGACCCUUUGAGAAUCGCCCGAACGCGUAUAAUGCCAGUGCGGCACUGACGAAAUCGACUUAUCAUCUGUCAAUGAUGAUGACGUUAACAUUUUCAUAUGAAUGAUGAUCUCUAGCUAGAGUUCUUUUAUAUAGCAAAACAAAAAUAUUUAAACGAAAGAAGUACAAGAUUUUGUAUCAAAAACAUUAAGCGAUACUUACAACAAAAGAUUCAAUUGUCGUUUUGCCAAAAAGUUUUAUGGAUUUUUCUUUUGCGAUUUUUUUCCACUCAACGCAUCAUUGAUCAUUGAGCCGAUCCAUACAUUUACGAAACACUUGGCUUGAACAUUUUCAUGUUAAUUUAUUCUGAUAAAUUCGAGUGAAAGAUGAAUCUGGAAAAAAGAAAUUCUUACCCCAUAGCCUUGCCGAUUGCCUUGUUCAUAAUUGUGCGAAUGAUUAUUGCUAAUAACAAAAUUCAACAAGUGAGAAAUUCCGAGAGACAUUUUUAGUACGCCGCUAUUUCGAAUUUACGAAAGCAAGCCUCAUCGACCAGUUUGUGCAGAUUUUUGCAACUUUUCGUAUUUUUUUCGGAAGCAAAAUAAACUUCCAAAUUUUCAUCUCUUCCUCAUCCUUCCACAUGUAGUCCGGAGAAACGUAAAGCAGAGAGUCGUUUCACUCACACGACUGUGUGGAAUGGAAGAAAGAGAACGCUAAACAUAUUGGAUGAAGUACAUACAUACAGUCGACGACUUUGAAAUAAGUGAUGGAUUCUGCUUCAGCUGUUUCACUCAUACAAGCAAAACUGCUUUCAAAUGUUUAUCCUGUUAAAUAUCACACAAUUUAACACACAAAGUAGUGGUAAAACCGUUUGAAGACUUAACAACACAAAAUGCGUCACUUAUUUGAAAGUCGCUGACUGUGUGUGGAACGAAUGAAGCAAACAGAACCCACAAAAAAACAAACUUAUCUUAAGUUCUGUUUAAAUAAAUUUUCUACGGGCUUGCGAGUAUCUAUUGAAAUUUGCAGUACGCGUUUGAGGUGACGAAAUAUUUGUACAAUAGAAUGCGCUUCAUAAACUUUCUCCAUGCAUUUUGCCGUUUGUAGAGAGUUGGGGUGACUGAAACUCAAAGCAUUCUGGAAUACAGUUAAUGGAAACCAAAUUUGUGUGCAAGAUUACUUCAACCGUUUUACCAGCUGGUCCACUCAUACAAACUUACUGCUAAUAUGUCUCUAUACGGAAUUCAUCGUUACACUCGCUCGCGUGGUAGUGAUAAAACCGUAUACAUGCAUCAGAGUGACUGUAUGAGUGGAACAGCUGUUAUUGAAGCUGAAGCUAACAGAGAAAUGAAUUCGGAUGACUUUAAAUGUCUUAAUGUACCUCAUUUUCGCACAGACUGGUUUAUAAAGCUUUAGCUUGUUACCCCACCGAUUCAAGUAACGGAAAAUCUUAUGAAACUCUGGUUUCACUAAAGCAACCAUUUCUCCGAAAUGAAGUUUUACCAACCCCGCGGUUAUUUGACCAACAAAAUCAGACGAAACAGAAAUCAAUCUUAACUCAAAUUUUAUUUAAUUGUGAUAAGCUGAAACGUUUGACAUUAAUAAGGAAGGUGAAUCGAAACAAAAAUAAUUAUUUUUUUAUACUUAAAUGUGUGCUCUUACC